GCAUUCCAAAACUGGGUGUUCAAGGAAGUCCUUCCAUCUAUCCGUAAAACAGGAUCAUAUGAAUUACCAGAUAGAAGAUCACUUAGAUAUAACCAAAUGAUUCUUAUAAAUGAAACGGACCUUCAUCAUACCAUUGUGAGUUACAUCAGGAAUAACUACCCAGAGGCUGUAAUAGUACCUGGCCUAGGUGAGUACCAGGAUACGGUGUCAAGGAGAUGCGACGCCUGGAAGAAGGGAUACAAGGGUGGUCAGCCGGAUCUUAUUAUAGAGAAUCCUAUGGGAAAGUAUAAAGGAUUUGCUGUUGAAUUUAAGUCUCCCAAGGGCACUGGGAUUACAAGUGAGAAGCAGGAAGUAUGGCUUAGAAAACUGAGUGGAAUAGGAUACAUGACAAUGAUAUCCGACGACUUAGUGAAAACUUGUAUUAGAAUUAACGAGUACUUCUCACUUAAGAAACCUGUAAGAAAAGUUGCAGUGAAAAAUAUAGUUAGCGAUGUAAAGACGUACAGACCAAGGUUCAAAUCACAUAAGUACUAA